CGCAGAGUUUCGGCCGAGGGCACCUUUAGAUCUUAGCCCGCCCUUUUAGGUCCCCCAGAUUACCUUAGCCUCGUCUACUCCGGGCCUAUUAGCCGUCAAUGAAGAAUACUUGCCGGCGUUUAGUACUUCGGUUCGUCACUAUUAUUAUCCCUCGAUCACCUGAAUCAUGUGGCAAUGUUCGUUUUGCCCACGGAUGACUCGACAGACAUCGAAACGUCCCGGGUCACGCAUGCAGCCUUCCGCAUGCGUCGUCCAACGUCCUCCCACAUGUAUGUGCUGUACAGGUCCCUCUUACAACGCUGCAUUCAAUUGGGCUGUUGAUCUCGUGCACUGUGAACUGUCUGAUCCCCUUGCUGUUGACGUGGUACUAAUUGCCGUCGUUGUGGAUGCUGUGGAUGAAUGCUAUGGUGGAUGCUAUGGAUGGAUGCUAUGGAUGUUAAACGCAAUCUUGCUGCUCUAUUACAUACGACAGUCUUGGAGACGCUUCCUCCCCCUAACCCCCAAACUCCUUGCGUGAGAACCAAUGAAUGAGAAUACGUCAAUGCUCGCCCCGAUC